CCCGCAUUCGCGCGCCGCAUGCCCAUCGCCCACCCAUCUCUCUUCCACUUCUCGACUCUUCUCGUUGCUCAACCAGACCAAGCUACCCGAUACAUUCUUUCGCUCAAGUAAUCGCCGUUACCCAUUCAUCUAUAUUCUCAACACUUUCUUCCCAUAACAACAAUGCCUCCCAAGAAAGCUGCCGCCGCCGCCGCCCCGGCCAAAGAGGCCAAAGAGAAGAAGCCCGCCGCCGCCCCCGCUCAUGGCUCAUACAAAGAUAUGAUCAAGGAUGCUAUCCUCAACUUAAAGGAGCGCAACGGAAGCAGCCGACAAGCCAUCAAGAAGUAUGUCCAGGCCAACAACAACAUCUCAGUCAGCUCCCCACUCCAGUUCGACUCUCUCUUCAAUAAGGCUUUGAAGACCGGUGUGGAGAAAGGUGACUUCCAACAACCCAAGGGUCCCUCUGGGCCAGUCAAACUCACCAAGCCUGCCGCUAAGCCUGCUGGUGAGAAGAAGGCUGCUGUCAAGAAGGAAAAGGCUCCCAAGGACGCAAAGCCAAAGGUCGCAAAGGCCAAGACCACCAAACCCAAGACUGCCGCCACCAAGGCAAAGAAGCCCGCUGUCCCUAAGAAGGCUGCUGCUGCCAAGCCAAAGGCAAACACUGCUACAAAGAGAGCCCCUAAGGCCAAGGCCGCAAAGACAGAAGCACCAGUAAGCGCUCUUGUGGAAGUGGAUGCACGCAUAUACUAACGAUAUCCAGGCCCCUGCUGUUACUGAUGCUCCCACAGUCCUGAAGAAGACCAAGUCUGGUAGAGUCAGCAAACAAAAGACAACCUCAGGUACCAAGAAGGCACCAGCAAAGAAGGCCACAACAGUGAAGAAGGCAGCAGCUCCCAAGAAGGCGGCUCCCAAGAAGGCCGAGGCCGCUGCUUGAACGAGGCAAUCACGUGGCGUGAAGCCUUUGUUAUGACUUGACGUGCGUUGUUGGUCGGGUGCUUUUUCUUGUACUAUGUUAUCUGAGGUCAUGUGAAAAGGGAAGCCAGGGAGCGCCAGUUUUGUGCAGUCAGCUCUUGGCGUUGUGAAGAGGGAGGAUCAAAUUGGCCGGCUACUCUAGGUCGACAAUCUCUCUCCUAUUCUGCGCUGUCGUUGCACGGGGCCUCGUAGGGUCUGUGUCUCGAUCUCGCAACAGGGUCUUUUGGGAAGUCUUGACGGAAGGGGAUCUUGGAGUAUGAUGGCGUUAUGUGUAUACAGCGGUCGCGUUGGGGGCACUGACACCAGGCAUUGAUCUGUAUGGGAAAUCGGGAGGUGUCAAGAGGCACGGACGGGCGGGACCAGCAGCGACAGGCUUGGUCCAAACAAACAACCUACAAUUCAGUGCAGAGCCGUGCCUGUUGCCUACCACGUUGCAGAACCAUGUUGAAUACUUCUGACUCAAGGAAACUGGAAUGGAGAUCCUCUUUGGUACUCUACACCCAUGGAACAGUACAGAUAUUGUGUAUGCAAUCGAAUGACAACAUGCCUUUGUACAGAACCCAAUGAGAUGACGAGCAAUAAUGGUAGAGGGGAGCAGAGAAGACGAGGGGGGCUAUGCUGGAGCUUGAUGCAUGAUCAGCUGUUGGGAGUCGUCGG